AUGUGGAGCCCGGGAAAGGUGGACGAAGCAAUCCGUAGAGGCGAAGAAUGGCUCGAGCAGAACAAACAGUCGUUCCUUUCCGAGACGGAUACAGGUAUACAGUUCAAAGACAACUUCGCCGAUCUCCUCAUUUUGGAGCUAUCCAAUCGCUGGUACAACCUCAGGGACUAUGUGGAUCUUAGAAUCCCCGAAAGGCGCUGGAACUACUUUGCAGUCAAGCCAGUCAUCGUACCGCCCGAUUAUCCGAACGACAACGACACGAACGCGGUGGCCUUCUCCAUCUUGAGACCAACCGAUUCCCGAGUGAAAGAACUCAUUGACGAAAUAUUGGCUUGCAAGAACUCGGAUGGCAUCGUACAGGUCCACCUAGAUCCCGACCGACCAAGAAUAGCCCCCGAAGUCAGCGCCAACAUCCUCUCGCUCUUCUACAGCUACGGCCGAGGCCACGAAGUACAGGAAUCAGUGAAAUACCUCGAGAAAGCCCUCGCCCCGGACGAAUACGAAGAAUCGCGAUACUACUUCCUCCCGGAGCCGCUGUUCUUCUACACCUGGCGGCUUCUCUGCCUUGCUUCCGGCUCGACGGCGCUCGAAACCGUCGACGAGCAGCGCCUGCCGAAGGAGUUGUGGGCGUUAAGAGAGCAUUUGGUCAGGCGCGUGAAGGCGCGGAUUGUCGUUGGGGAUUGGGAAUGA